CGGAGGAGAUGCGGCCGCGGCGCGCCCCCGGCCCGGCCGCCGCGCAGCGCCCCCCCCGGAGCCGAGGCCGGCGCGCCGGGGACCGGGGCUGAGCCCCCCCCACCCAGCGCAGCGCCGCGGGCCAGGGGCGGGGAGAGCGCCCCCAGCCCCUCCGCCCCGGGAUGCCGGGCUGAGCCGGCCGGGCGGGACAGGUGCGCGCACGGCCCCCCCGCCGCGCCCUCCCGCCCUCGCGCUCCCUCCCGCGCACUCGCGGCGCCCGCGGCUCCGAGGUGCCACCUCCGGUCGCCCCGCCCUCGCCAUGCGGAGCCCCCGAGCGCCCCCUCCCCGCCCGGCCCUGCUGCUGCUGCUGCUGCUGCUGGGGGGCGCCCACGGCCUCUUCCCCGAGGAGCCGCCGCCGCUGAGCGUGGCCCCCAGGGACUACCUGAACCACUACCCCGUGUUCGUGGGCAGCGGGCCAGGCCGCCUGACCGCCGGCGAGGGCCCUGAGGACCUCAACAUCCAGCGCGUCCUGCGGGUCAACAGGACGCUGUUCAUCGGGGACAGGGACAACCUGUACCGGGUGGAGCUGGAGCCCCCCACGUCCUCGGAGCUGCGGUACCAGCGGAAGCUGACCUGGCGCUCCAACCCCAGCGACAUCAACGUGUGUCGGAUGAAGGGCAAGCAGGAGGGCGAGUGUCGGAACUUCGUGAAGGUGCUGCUACUCCGGGACGAAUCCACGCUCUUCGUGUGCGGAUCCAACGCUUUCAACCCCGUGUGUGCCAACUACAGCAUGGACACGCUGCAGCCUCUCGGGGACAACAUCAGUGGCAUGGCCCGCUGCCCCUACGACCCCAAACACGCCAAUGUCGCCCUCUUCUCUGAAGGGAUGCUCUUCACGGCCACCGUCACCGACUUCCUAGCCAUCGACGCUGUCAUCUACCGCAGCCUCGGGGACCGGCCCACUCUGCGCACCGUGAAACACGACUCCAAGUGGUUCAAAGAGCCCUACUUUGUUCACGCGGUGGAGUGGGGCAGCCACAUCUACUUUUUCUUCCGGGAGAUCGCGAUGGAGUUUAACUACCUGGAGAAGGUGGCGGUGUCGCGCGUGGCGCGGGUGUGCAAGAAUGACGUGGGCGGCUCGCCCCGCGUGCUGGAGAAGCAGUGGACGUCCUUCCUGAAGGCGCGGCUCAACUGCUCCGUGCCCGGGGACUCGCACUUCUACUUCAACGUGCUGCAGGCCGUCACGGGCGUCGUCAGCCUGGGCGGCCGGCCCGUGGUCCUCGCUGUGUUUUCCACCCCCAGCAACAGCAUCCCCGGCUCGGCCGUCUGUGCCUUUGACAUGACGCAGGUGGCUGCCGUGUUCGAGGGCCGCUUCCGCGAGCAGAAGUCCCCCGAGUCCAUCUGGACGCCUGUGCCGGAGGAUCAGGUGCCGCGGCCCCGGCCCGGCUGCUGUGCGGUUCCCGGCAUGCAGUACAACGCCUCCAGCGCCUUCCCCGACGAGAUCCUCCACUUCGUCAAGACCCACCCCCUGAUGGACGAGGCGGUGCCCUCGCUGGGCCACGGGCCCUGGGUCGUGCGGACCCUGAUGCGGCACCAGCUGACGCGUGUGGCCGUGGACGUGGGCGCCGGCCCCUGGGGCAACCAGACCGUCGUCUUCCUGGGCUCCGAGGCGGGCACCGUCCUCAAGUUCCUCGUCUGGCCCAACACCAGCGCCUCGGGCUCUGCCGGGCCCAGCGUCUUCCUGGAGGAGUUCGAGACCUACCGGCCCGACAGGUGUGGACGGUCCGGCGGCAGCGAGACGGGGCAGCGGCUGCUGAGCCUGGAGCUAGACGCGGCCUCGGGCGGCCUGCUGGCGGCCUUCCCCCGCUGUGUGGUCCGAGUGCCCGUGGCCCGCUGCCAGCAGUACUCGGGGUGCAUGAAGAACUGUAUCGGCAGCCAGGACCCCUACUGCGGGUGGGCCCCCGACGGCUCCUGCAUCUUCCUCAGCCCCGGCACCAGAGCCACCUUCGAGCAGGACGUGUCCGGGGCCAGCACCUCAGGCUUAGGGGACUGCACGGGCCUCCUGCGGGCCAGCCUGGCGGAGGAGCGCGCGGGGCUGGUGUCGGUGAACCUGCUGGUGACCUCGUCGGUGGCGGCCUUCGUGGUGGGCGCCGUGGUGUCGGGCUUCAGCGUGGGCUGGUACGUGGGCCUCCGCGAGCGGCGCGAGCUGGCGCGCCGCAGGGACAAGGAGGCCAUCCUGGCGCACGCGGGCGCCGAGGCCGUGCUGAGCGUCAGCCGGCUGGGCGAGCGGCGCGCGGGCGGCCCCGGGGGCCGGGGCGCCGGGGGGCUGGCCGGGGGGCCCCCCGAGGCCCUGCUGGCCCCCCUCAUGCAGAACGGCUGGGCCAAGGCCACGCUGCUGCAGGGCGGCCCCCACGACCUGGACUCGGGGCUGCUGCCCACGCCCGAGCAGACGCCGCUGCCGCAGAAGCGCCUGCCCGCCCCGGGCCCGCGCGCCUGGGAGCACGGCCACCCCCUGCUGCCGGCCUCCGCCUCGUCCUCGCUGCUGCUGCUGGCCCCCGCCCGGGCCCCCGAGCAGCCCCCCGCGCCCGGAGACCCCGUCCCCGAGCCCCGCCUCUACGGCGCCCGGCCCGGCCGCGCCUCCCACGGCGACUUCCCGCCCACCCCGCGCGCCAGCCCGGCCCGCCGGCGGGUGGUGUCCGCGCCCACGGGCCCCGCGGACCCCGCCGACGGCCCCCCGCGGCCCUGGAGCCCGCCGCCCACCGGCAGCCUCCGCAGGCCCGGGCCCCGCGCCCCGCCGGCCGCCGCCCUGCGCCGCACGCACACGUUCAACAGCGGCGAGGGCCGCCCCGGGGACCGCCACCGCGGCCGCCACGCCCGGCCCGGCACGGACUUGGCCCACCUGCUCUCCUACGGGGGCACGGACAGGACUGCGCCCCCCGUGCCCUAGGCCG